AUGUGCACCACUCUGUUUCUUCUUGGCUUGGCCACGCUCUGGUGCCGCAGAUUUGCCAACCGAGUUGAACCAGAGCCCAGUGGAGUGGAUGGGGCAGUUAUGGGGAACAACUCCAAUACAGACCUUCAGUCUUCUGGCAGGGAGAAAGAGCCUGUGAGGUUGACCCACACCUCUUGA